AUGGAAGAACCUGAUUAUUCGUUAGUGGACCUUAUUGAGAGCAAUUCACGUUAUGCAAGCUUGAAAGAAUCACUUUCCGGUUAUGUCCGUGGUUCUGAUGAAUAUUUUAUCGAAUUGUUCAAGUUGCUACCUUUGAGCAGUUGGCCCACUUAUAAGACAUUCCUUAGGAAACAGGCCAUUCAAGUAGAAAAUUCUCAAUAUAAUGGGUUCAGUCCCGUUUAUCGAAGUUCGUUAUCCCCUGACAGAUUGGUUACUUGUGUUGAUCAAGAAGUUUUCCCCAGUGCAUACCAUCAUUUUAAAUUUGCAGUUAGAAAUUGGCCUGAUAACGAUUGUUUAGGUUAUAGACCUUUUGAUCCGUUAACUGGGAAAUGGGAAUCUUACUAUCAAUUUGAGUCAUAUGCAGAUGUAGAUAAACGGAUUCAAAAUAUAGGGUCAGGUAUAUUGACACUUGUAAAUUCUAGAAAUAGGCAUCAGGAUUCAAAUAAGGACGUUACCGUACCCUUAGAUUCAAAUGAUUUUAUUGUAUCAAUAUUAUCGCAUAAUCGAAUGGAAUGGGUCCUUACUGAUUUAGCAUGCCAAGCUUAUUCAUUGGCAAACACAGCGUUGUAUGAAACUUUGGGACCUACUACCUCAGAAUAUAUUUUAAACUUGACUGAAUCCCCAGUCUUGGUCUUUGCCAAAUCAAAUUUUUUUAAGAUCAUCUCUAUCUUACCAAAAUUAAAGUUUUUGAGAACUUUAAUUUGUAUGGACGAUUUAUCGAAUGAAGAAUUAACAAUUUUAAAUGAUUCAAUUUUGUCUCAAAAGUUGAAUUCUAAUAAGGAAUCCGUUAAAUUAUUUUCUUUAAAACAGGUGGAAAUGAUUGGUUCCUUAAAUCAUAUCCCAGAGAUUCUACCAUUACAAGAUUCACUGUACACAAUAUCAUUUACUUCAGGCACUACAGGUGUUCCCAAAGGUGUGGAAAUGACCCAUCAAAAUGUUACAGCUGGUAUAGCAUUUGGCUAUUCUACGUUUAAAAUACCAACACAUAAAGUGGGUCUACAAUUACAUGAUAUGUGCUUCUUACCAUUAGCACAUAUUUUCCAAAGAAUGAUCGUUUCUUAUGAUAUUGCUACUGGAACAGGUAUUGGCUUUAUUCAUAAACCAGACCCAACGGUUUUAGUGGAGGAUUUGAACCUCUUGAAGCCAGACACUCUUUCUUUAGUUCCAAGAGUAUUAACUAAAUUUGAGGCAGGAAUUAAAAACUCCAUGGAUAAAUCAUCUUUCCAAAGGAAUGUUGCAACAAAUAUCUUGGAAUCCAAACAAGCAAGGUUCACAUCAAAAGGUGGGCCAGAUAAGUCAGUGAUUAAUUAUCUAGUAUUCCAUAGAGUUUUAAUAGAUAAGAUCAGAGAAUCAUUAGGGCUUGUAAAUGCUUCAUAUUUAGUCACUGGUUCUGCUCCAAUAUCUAAUGAAACACUAUUAUUUUUAAGAAGUGCUUUAGAUGUUGGUAUGAGACAAGGUUAUGGGUUGACCGAAACUUUUGCUGGUAUUUGCUUGUGUGAACCUCAUGAGAGAGACCCUGGUACUUGUGGGGCCAUUGGUAUAUCUUCAGAAUGCAGAUUAAAAUCGGUCCCUCAAAUGGGUUAUCAUGCUGAUAAAGAUUAUAAAGGUGAGUUACAAGUUCGUGGUCCUCAAGUAUUUAAACAUUAUUAUAAGAAUGAUGUGGAAACUAAAAGAGUCAUUGAUGAAGAAGGCUGGUUUUCAACAGGUGAUAUUGCAUUCAUCGAUAAAAAGGGAAGAAUCUCGGUUAUUGAUCGUGUAAAAAAUUUCUUUAAAUUGGCACAGGGUGAAUAUGUUGCUCCUGAAAAGAUUGAAAAUAUCUAUUUAUCUUCAUGCCCACAUAUAACACAAAUAUUCUUAUACGGAAAUUCAUUGAAGACAUAUCUCGUUGGUAUCGUGGGUAUCGAUCCAGAUUCUGUACAAUUACUCAUAUCAAAGAAAUACCCUCAGGCAAAGGCUUGGACUCCUGCUCAGUUGAUCGAGAACAUUAAUUCAGAUAUCGCAUUAAAACGCCAUCUAUUAAUCUUACUAAAUAAAGAUGUCAAUGCAUUACAAGGAUUUGAAAAAUUACAUAACAUUUAUGUGGAUUUAGAACCCUUGACUGUAGAGGAUGACGUGAUCACUCCAACUUUGAAAAUUAAAAGACACAAGGCUACAAAACAUUUUAAGAAAACUCUAGAUGCAUUGUAUGAAGAAGGUUCCAUGAUUAAAAAUGGGAAAUUAUAA